CAAAAAAGGAAAGGACAAAAAGAUCAUAUAUAGAAAAAACAUAAUUUGACAAAGAGCUAGAGGAAUGAAAUGAAGUACCAAAACUUAUUACAAAAUUUGGCCAAAUUUAUGGAGAAAUUCACUCAACUACUUGCUUCAAUUUCUUUAUUUUCAUUUCUAUUUUCCUACUACUCAUCUUACUUCUCAUCCUUCUUUACCUAUUAUUAUUCAUUAAACUUCUCAUUUUCUACAUUUCCUUUCCAACUUCUAAACCAUGCUAUGGAUAAAAAUUAUGUAUUUUUAAUAUGCAAUGGUAUAUUCUUAGUCCUCCUCGCUAAUACUUCUAGCGAGGAGGAGAAGGAAGAAGAAGAAAAAGAAGAAGAUGAUGGAUUCUUGAACGGAUUUCAAGAAUCCAAAUUAUUACCUCUAUGCAUUGGUACUCGAGCCUCAUAUUUAGAAACAACAAAAGAAGAAGUACAUGCCCAACAACGCGAAGAUGAGAUGAGCAUACAACUCAGUAAGUCUCAUGAAGUACCGUUAAACGUUGAAAACUCAAUUAUGACAAUUGUGGAAUAUGAGCAAGAUGAGUCAACGUUAGAAGGGGAAGAAGGUGGUAUUGGAGGGGAAGAAUGUUCUAGAACCUACGAGGUCGUAGAGGAAGAUAAUUAUGAAGAAAAUGAUUUUUUUACUGAAGAAGAAAGUGAUGAUGAGCCAUUGAAUAAGUUGAGUAAUGAGGAAUUGAAUAAGAAAUUUGAAGAAUUCAUAAGAAAAAUGAAGGAAGAAAUUAGAAUUGAAGCUCGUCAACAAUUAGUCCUCGUAAAAUAAUUAAUCAAAAUGUCGACCUGUGUGGAAACAGUCUCUAAUACUUGUAUUAGAGUAGACUGUCUACAUCACACCUUUUGAAGUAUUACAAACUUCUUCAGACUCUACUCUGUUAACGUGAGAUCUUUGUGCAACGAGCGGCUCAUCGGAAGUAAUUAAUCAAAAUAUUCACCUUCUUUA